AUGGCGACAGUUCUACCCCCGCCGAGCAAGCGCCAAAAGGUUGCCCAGGCCGAGAAGGCCCGUGAGCAGCAGGAGAUCCAGAGCAUACCCAGCGGCCUAGGCAGCGUCCGGGUUCAAUUCUUCGAUCAGGCGACCGGCGAUGCCACCGGGCCCGCAGUCUCGGUCCCCGUGGUCGAUGCCAACAUCAAGAACCUCGAGACAUUGCUAAACACAUUACAAGGGAAUGAUGAUGAUGAUCGAGUCCCGUAUCGCUUCACAUAUCAGUCCGACAAGGAAGGCCAAACGAUCGACAUCCUCGCAGACCUCUAUCACUCGCUAUUGCAGCCGGGAAUCAAGACCACCGAAGAUACUGUUUCGCUUUACUAUACCCCCCAGGCGGUCUUCCGAGUCAAGGCAGUCUCACGCUGCGCCGCCUCAAUCGCUGGCCACGGCGAAGCCAUCCUCGCAACCUCUUUCUCUCCCGUCUCUUCGUCGACGAUGGUGUCUGGUAGUGGCGAUUCGACCGCCCGUGUCUGGGACUGCGAUACCGGUACACCGCUGCAUACCCUCAAGGGCCACACCAGCUGGGUUCUGGCGGUGGCGUACUCGCCGAAUGGGGCGAUGAUCGCGACCGGUAGUAUGGAUAAUUCGGUGCGGUUGUGGGAUGCAAAGAAGGGACAAGCGCUCGGUGGGCCGAUGAAGGGCCAUACGAAGUGGAUCACUAGUCUUGCGUGGGAGCCGUACCAUGUUCAAGAGACUGGCCGGCCUCGCCUGGCAUCCGCAUCGAAGGAUUCCACCGUGCGCGUGUGGGAUGUUGUCUCGAAGCGCAUUGAUACCGUAUUGACCGGACACAAGGGAUCCGUGACCUGUGUGCGCUGGGGAGGCACUGGUCAAAUCUACACUGCGUCCCAUGAUAAGACCAUUAAGAUCUGGAACCCCAAGGAUGGCACCCUCAUCCAGACGCUGACAGCGCACGCUCAUCGCGUCAACCAUCUAGCCCUCUCCACGGACUUUGCUUUGCGCACCGCGUACCACGACCAUACGGGCAAAGUGCCGGAGUCUGAUUCCGAGAAGGUCACUGCUGCGCGCAAGCGGUUCGAGCAGGCCGCUACCGUCAACAACAAGAUUGUCGAGCGCUUGGUCUCGGCUAGUGAUGAUUUCACCAUGUACCUGUGGGACCCAUCCAGCUCCAACAAGCCAGUUGCCCGCUUGUUGGGCCACCAGAAGGAAGUCAACCACGUGACUUUCUCCCCGGAUAUGGCAUAUAUCGCGUCUGCUGGGUUCGAUAAUCACGUCAAGCUUUGGAAUGGACGUGACGGGAAAUUUAUCACUACUCUCCGCGGCCAUGUGGGUGCUGUCUACCAAUGCUGCUUCUCCGCAGACUCACGGAUGCUCGUAUCCUCGUCCAAGGACACUACAUUGAAGGUGUGGGAUGUUCGCACGGGCAAGCUGGCGAUGGAUCUUCCGGGGCAUCGAGACGAGGUGUUUGCAGUGGACUGGAGCCCGGACGGCCAGAAGGUUGGCAGUGGUGGGAAGGACAAGGCGAUCCGUAUCUGGCGGAACUAG